AUGGACAGUGGAGUGUGGACUGUGGACUGUGGACUGUGGACUGUGGACUGUGGACUGUGGACUGUGGACUGUGGACUGUGGACUGUGGACUGUGGACUGUGGACUGUGGACUGUGGACUGUGGAGUGUGAAGUGUGGAGUGUGGAGUGUGAAGUGUGGAGUAUGGAGUGUGAAGUGUGGAGUGUGGACUGUGGACUGUGGACGCGGUGCCUGGGGUCUGGGACUUUGCAACGAGCAAUUGCACACGAAAAUGGGACUUGUCAAUAAAAUCCUGAGGAAGGCUAGCUUAUCCUCCACUCCGAAGCCUCAUGUACACAUCAUAACGAGUGCAACUUUCAUGAAGGAUGUUGCACAACUUGCACAGUCACAGAGUAACCUGGACUCUGCAUCGGAUGAUGUUUGUAUGGUUACAAGUAGUCUCUCGUCGCCGGACGGGGUCAAAAUUGCGCAUAUUAAACAGAAUAGAAGCCGGGAUUCGUAUUUCAAGCGUCAUGCUGUGAGAGCUACAGGGCUGCAAUUGGAAAAGGGCGAUAGUACAGCCGUACAGCAAAUGAAUCGAAAUACUGUUCAUGAGCCGACUAAAAGAAGAGUGUGCUUUAGUAACAAAAUCGCUGUGAGUGAUACAUAUACCAGCUCACAAUACAAUAGGAAAUCUUUGGAGAAGACGGAGACAGAGAAUGUUGCAGAUAUCUACCGUGAGCUGAUGAUUUACAAAUUAACUGAAAUGAAUGUUCAUGACGCGGCCAUAUACAACACUAACCAGCAUUUGAAUCGGGCCCCAACUGCUUGGCGAAAUGAGAUGUUACAAAUCUGUAAUUCUAUUCUAUCUGAAUACACGGAGAGAUUUGACUGCUAG